AUGGUAACACCUAGUGUUCAGAUAAAGUAUUUCAGUAGUGAGCCUAAAGGAAAGAUCAGUGGCUGGCAGACAGCCUCACAGCUGACAUCUCGGCGACAUAGUCAUAGGGCAAAGCACCGACCAUCUCAGUUGCACGUGUCCAACAGGUUUUCCCCACUCAGUGAGCCACCCGCUGAGAAGCCUGUUAAUGUAAGUGCUCUGGUUAUAGGAGAUUCUCAGCUCCGACACGUGCGUAUUGCAACCCCCAUAGAGACACCAGCAACCAUAGUCACUUGUAUUCCGGGGGCCAGGGCGCCUGACAUCAGAGCAAAUCUGAAAGUGCUGGCUAAUGCUAAUCGUAGAUUUUCGAAGAUUGUUAUCCACGUCGGCACUAAUGAUGUUCGUUUACGGCAGUCUGAGGUUACUAAGAGUAAUGUUAAAGAGGUGUGUGAGUUAGCUAGGUCGAUGUCUGAGGCAGUAGUGUGCUCUGGCCCCUUACCGAUUCGACCCAGUGGCGAAACCUACAGCAGGUUGUUGUCGCUGAACCGCUGGAUGUCUAAAUGGUGCUCAGAAAACUGCAUUGAUUUUGUAGAUAACUGGUCCACCUUUGAGGGAAGGCCUGGUCUUUUGAAGCGGAAUGGUGUCCACCCCAUGUGGGAGGGUGCUGCUCGCAUUUCUUGCAGCAUAAGUGACAGGCUUUACCACCGCGUUAGUGUAGCGGCAGAUAGUGUUAAAUGACUAUCCAGAGCCAAGACCAGGCAGCAGACAAACAGGCCUAACCGACUGUCUGCGAGUCGCCAUCGGACGUCACCCGGAAUCCUUAGGUCACAAACCAUUGAGACUGUGUCUGUUUACCGUGGCAGGUGUAAGCCAAAACAAAAUCAAAAAGUAUGUCAUAAUAACUUAAUUAAAAUUAAUCUAAAUGAGCAUCAUGA